AAUAUUUAAUACCUGUCGUUUCUUCACCAUUUUUUUGCAUUGUAAAUUCUGAAAUAAAAUCUGAAUUGAUUUUCACCGCAUUAUAUUCUUCUAAACAUGCUUGUGUCUUAACUUUGAAAAGCUUCAGUGCAUCAUUAAAAAAACUCAAUAUGUCCACAUGCUUUAUGUUAACAACCACACCUGUCCUGAUUCGAUUUUGGAAGGCUGAUUGCACAUCACGCCACUCAACUCUAGCUUCUGCUUCUUCAGCAUGCAGACUACCUACUCGGUGAAGAUUAUGUUCAAAUUCUACUUGCACACACGAAAGAUGCGUCAAAUAAGUUUGAUAUUUCUGUUUUUCUCCUCUCGUGAGAUUGGAUUUAGAAAUUUUUUCGUUUAAUUCAUUAAUAGUAGAAUUACACAUAUCUAACCAAUAAUGAAUAUCAUUGACGCUCAUUUGAUCCACAUUUUGUACAGUAUCGCGAAGCACUUGUACAAGACGUUCGAUAAGAUCAAUCGAAGCCAUUUUUACUGUUUUCUUUUUCACUAGAGUGUCACUAGAGUGUCACUAGUAAUCUUGCACAAAGAUGAACUGUGCUCGUCUAAGAGAAAUUUCUCUCUUUUAAAGCUGAAAUCAUCAUAAGAAGAGGUGGAAGAUCUCGCUGCUGAGGAGAGAGGAGAAAGAUUUUCUCGGGAAGGGAUGAAUUUUCUUCCAAUAAGGGAGAAGGGAUGAAUUUUCUUCCUUUUGAACCAACCAAAAAUCGUCUUUUCACCCCAACAAAUGAGGGCUAUGCAUUUGUUUUGAGCAUCCAUUCCUGGAAGAGUGAAAGGCGGAGUUUCACAUUAUAAAACGAGGAUGCUGGGACCUCGCGAGAUCACUUCUUGCUAAGCUGUCUACAAGCUGAAAAGAUGGAAAGAACACGUGACUACGAUUUGUUGUUUAAAAAUACUAUCUUGCAAUGUAAAGAAGAAAAUGCUUAUAUUUGCGACAUUCAAGGAUUUCAGAGAAUCGCAGAAGAUACUUUUAUUUUCAAAGAAAUAAGUUUCCUUAAUUUGAGGAAAACUGCCUUACCGACCGCAUAUCUUUUCAAACCUCCAAUGGCUUGGGAAGAACUGACAGAAGAGGAAAAAUGUAUGUCUCAAUGGUUGGAAAAGAGUCAUCAUGGAAUAGCGUGGAACUCUGGCGAUAUUCCGUAUCAUCGUCUUUAUCGAAUCUUGCAAAUCUGCACGCAAGGAGUAGAAAAAAUAUUCAUAAAGGGAGAACAGAAAGCCCGAUGGAUGAAAAAUAUUUUGCCAAACAUAUCCAUUUCAAAUGUUGAAGACUUCGGAUGUCCACCUCUUGAAGAAAUAAUAAGUGAAAACCAGUACUUUUGUUUCAACCAUGCUCUUUGCAUACGGAGAAAACCUAUGUGCGCCAGUCACAAUGUUAUAUCAAUACGAGCUUGGCUGUUAAAUUAUCUAGAAUCAUCAUUUGGUCAAGAUAAAAUUGAUAAUAUUUAAAAAAAAAAUAAUACAUAUGUUUAUAUUGGAAAUAAA